UGAGAUGAGGGAAGUGAUUGCGGCAUGCCACACACACUUAAAGCUUGGUCUCCCUUGGAGACAGUCCAGCGCUGGAUCACGGCAUGACAUUGCGACAGUAGCGUGUCCACUUGACUGUGGAGUCAGUCAGCUGGUUCACUACGACCCAGACAAGACAGAGAGAAAAAAAGUGUGCAGACAGUGAGCUGUGCCGGACUGGAGUGCUGAGGAGAAGAGUUCACAGAUCUGGGAAGCAGGCGGCUGGAGCGGUGGGGGAAUAAGUGAAGAGCGUGAAGACGAAGAAGAAAAAGAAGAAGAAGAAGCAGAGGAGUAAGGAUGCACGGAGAGAUGGAGAAGAGCUGCUGAGGGUGCACACACACAUACACACACACACAUAAAUAGACUUCUCAGGGAAGGAUAGUGUGUUGUGGCACCCUGUGGAGGAUGAAGAAGCACUCAGCCCGAGUGGCUCCUCUAAGCUCCUACAGCACUCAGGUCCUGACCUGCCCCAUCUCUGAAGGAGAGGAUGGUUUGGAGUCUCACGCCGAGACGCCUGGUAGUGAGACAAGCGUGGAGAGCCAGUCGUCCCAGACAUGCACCAGCACAGUGCUGAAGGUGCUCGGUGGCUUGCUGAUGGUGCUGUGCCUCUCGUCCUCCUGGGUGGGUACCACUCAGGUGGUCAAGCUGACCUUCCAGUCAUUCUCCUGUCCUUUCUUCAUAUCCUGGUUCAGCAGCAAUUGGAAUAUCCUCUUCUUUCCCAUUUAUUACUCUGGACAUGUGGUGACCACAAGGGAGAAGCAGACACCCAUUCAGAAAUUCAGAGAGUGUAGCAAGCUGUUUGGUGAAGAGAGGAUGAGCCUGAAACUUUUUGUGAAGAGAACAGCACCUUUCUCCAUCCUGUGGACGCUGACCAGCUACUUGUACCUUUUGGCCUUGAAGAAGCUCACUGCCACUGAUGUGUCUGCCCUUUACUGCUGCCACAAGGCCUUCGUCUUUCUCUUGUCCUGGAUUGUCCUCAAGGACCGCUUCAUGGGUGUCCGGAUUGUUGCUGCCAUCAUGGCCAUCACAGGGAUAGUCAUGAUGGCGUAUGCUGAUGGUUUCCACGGUGAUUCAUUUGUGGGUGUGGCACUGGCUGUGGGCUCAGCCUCAACUUCAGCUCUUUAUAAGGUGCUGUUCAAGAUGUUCCUGGGAAGUGCCAGUCUUGGCGAGGUGGCUCAUUUCCUUUCCACCAUGGGUUUCUUCAACCUCAUCUUCAUCUCCUGUGUGCCGGUCAUCCUCUAUUUUACCAAAGUUGAGCAAUGGGGCUCCCUCUCUUCACUGCCCUGGGGAUACAUGUGUGGCCUGGCAGGAUUGUGGCUCGUGUUCAACAUUCUGGUUCAUGUCGGUGUGGUCCUGACAUACCCCAUUCUCAUCUCCAUCGGAACGCUACUCAGUGUACCAGGAAAUGCAGCCGUAGACGUCCUUAAACACGAAGUGAUCUUCAGCGCUGUGCGCCUUGCAGCCACAUGCAUCAUCUGCGUGGGUUUUUUGCUGUUGCUGCUUCCAGAGGAGUGGGACUCGGUCACGGUGCGCUUCCUGGCCACCAUGGCAGACAAGAAAUCAGAGGACCACGGCGAGGAGCUCACGGAGUCGAGCAUCCACACGAGAAGCCGCAGUCGGGCCAACGGCGCCAUCUCCCUUCCCUUAGCGUGAUAUCGUGAGACUCCUCCGUGAGCUUUACUUCCUCUACUGCCCACUCAAAGAGGGGAGACUGGAACACGUGAUGGAAACCACAUGAAAAACGCGACAGAUUAUCAAGAUUAUUUGUCAAGGAUGCAUAAAUGUCUCAAAGAUGCACCUGGCUGACUGGAAGAGCGAUAUUUAUGAUUUUUUGCAAAAUGAAAAUGGUGGAAAGUGUCAUUUACUUUCUCGAUAAACCUGCCACACUCAGUCCUCACACGCUGACUGACCUUUGACCUCUGACCUGCUCUGCUCUGCAGAAUGUAUUCUGUGAAUAUAAAUCCUGUAAGAGACAGUCUGGCUAAACCUUGUAUGUAUUUUUAUUUAUUUAUUUAUGAAGA